AUGACACAGGAGAGCUCAGUUUCUGCUGCUGCUGCCAAGGAACGUGCUGCUGCAGCAAGAGAGAAAUCACAAAGUCUUAAAGCUGCUGCUAUUGCUGCUGCUGCUGCAGCAGAGAAACUUAACAGCAGCAGAGCAGCAGCAGCAGCAGCAGCAGCAGCAGCACGAGCUCAAGCAGAGGAGAGGCAGCAGCAGCUGCAGCAGGCAAAGAAAACAUCAGCAGCAGCAGCAGCAGCUGCAGCAGCAGCAGAAGAAAAAAGAGUUGCUGCUUCUAUUAAAGCAAAGGAAGCAGCAGCAGCAGCAGCAGCAGCAACACAGCAGGCGAAAGCAGCAGAUGCAGCAAAAGCUGCAGCAGCAGAAACAGCAGCAGCAGCAGCAGCAGCAGAAGCAGCAGCAAGAGAAGAAGCAAGAGAAAGAAGAGCAGCAGCAGCAGCUGCUGCUGCUGCUGCUAGUGAGGCUCAUAGAGAGCUGCAGCAGAUGCAGCAGCGCCGAGAGGAAGCAGCAGCAGCAGCAGCAGCAACUGCUGCUGCUGCUACAAAGAGACAGAAAGAAGCAGCAGCAGCAGCAGCAGCAGCAGCAGCAGCAAGAGAAGCAGCAACUGCAAGGAGGACGCAUGCAAUAGCAGCACUCGAAGCAGCAGCAGCAAAACGCUCAGCAGCAGCAGACAUUAAAGGUGCAGCAGCAGCUGCAGCAGCAGCAGCAGCAACAGCAACAGCAACUGCAGCAGCAGCAGCAGCAGAAGCAAAACCAGCAGCAGCAGAAGCAGCAGCAAAUACAUCUGUCUGUGUCAGUUAG